AUGGACUUAUUUGAUGGAAUAGAGAAAAACUAUCAACAUGUUUGUAAUACUAUUACGAAAAGAAUCAAACUUCUACCUACAUUUUCAGGAGAAAGAAGAAAGAUAGCAAUUAGAGAAGCAGAGAAUGACUUGAAUGAAGCUAUAUCAUAUUUGACAGAGAUGGAGAGAGCAGCACAAACCAGUUCUCAAAGAGUUAUGUAUCAACAAAGAGUAAAGCAAUAUCAAGCAGAUAUACAAAAGUUUAAGAGAGAGGUACAAAAGGCAUCUCAAUCAUAUGACUACAAUUCAGGACAAAAUGGCAAUAAUCCCUUUUCAAAUUCACCAGAGGAUUACCAAUCACAAUAUGACAAUCAAAGACAACAUCUCUUACAAGGAUAUGAUACAGUUACACAGACCUCUGAUAGAUUAAUGAGAGUACACCAAAUAUCUGCACAAAAUGAACAAAUUGGUGAGGGUAUUAUGGUGGAUUUGAGUAAACAAAGAAAUCAAAUUAUAAAGAUGGGAGAUAAGUUACAUGAAACAGAUGAAAAUGUAAAGUCUGCCAGAAAGGUUAUUGGCAGUAUGGCAAGAAGAGUUGCAACAAACAAAGUCAUUUUAACAUUUAUCAUUAUUCUUUUACUUGGUAUCAUUGCUUUAAUCAUUUGCUUAAAGUGGCUCAGAUAG